AAGUUCAUAAACACUUCAUUCACCCUAUGUACACCAUCUGGAUGUGGAUUCCAGGCCAUUGAACAACCAGUUGGGCUGGAAUUUGUGAGGGAUUUAAAGAAGGCUAAACACUACAAGCUUCUUCGUAUCUAUGUUCAAGCCGACACAAAAGGAAAGGCAAACUACUCACACCAUUUCACUUCAACAACACAGCCCCCCAUCAUCACCCUCAACAAACACUGAAUGCGACAGCAACACAAUACAACAGCCACAAACACUCAAAAGAAAACCCACAGCACAAGACACACAUCACACAUUGCAAUGUAUUAGACAACCCACUCACACCAUUUCACUUGAACUUGACAACACAUCAUCAUCGUCAUCACCCACAGCAGAUUUCACAGAUUACAACACCAACACCACACAAGCACCAACACUCAAAAAGAAAACUACAGCACAAGACAUACACAACACAUUGCAACACUUUAGACAGCGCUCUCACACCGUUUCACUCGAAAUUGACAACACAUCAUCAUCACCCUCAACAGAUUUCACAGAUUACAACAUUAACACCUCACAAGCACCAACACUCAAAAAGAAAACCACAGCAAAAGACAGACACAACACAUUGCAACACUUUGGACAACCCACUCACACCAUUUCGCUUGAACUUGACAACACAUCAUCAUUACCCACAACAGAAUACAACACCAACACCACACAAGCACCAACACUCAAAAAGAAAACUACAGCACAAGACAGACACAACACAUUGCAACACUUUGGACAACGCUCUCACACCAUUUCACUCGAACUUGACAACACAUCAUCACCCACAACAGAUUUCGCAGAUUACAACAUCAACACCUCACAAGCACCAACACUCAAAAAGAAAACUACAGCACAAGACAGACACAACACAUUGCAACACUUUGGUCAACCCACUCACACCAUUUCACUCGAACUUGACAACACAUCAUCAUCACCCACAACAGAUUUCACAGAUUUCAUCACCAACACCAUACAAGCGCCAACACUCGAAAAGAAAACUACAGCACAAGACAGACACAACAUAUUGCAACACUUUGGACAACGCUCUCACACCAUUUCACUUGAACUUGACAACACAUCAUCAUUACCCACAACAGAAUACAACAUUAACACCACACAAGCACCAACACUCAAAAAGAAAACUACAGCACAAGACAGACACAACACAUUGCAACACUUUGGACAACGCUCUCACACCAUUUCACUCGAACUUGACAACACAUCAUCACCCACAACAGAUUUCACAGAUUACAACAUCAACACCUCACAAGCACCAACACUCAAAAAGAAAACUACAGCACAAGACAGACACAACACAUUGCAACACUUUGGACAACCCACUCACACCAUUUCACUCGAACUUGACAACACAUCAUCAUCACCCACAACAGAAUACAACACUAACACCACACAAGCACCAGCACUCAAAAAUAAAACUACCGCACCUGACAGACACAACACAUUGCAACACUUUGGACAACCAACUCACACCAUUUCACUUGAACUUGACAAUAUAUCAUCAUCACCCCCAACAGAUUUCUUUGAAAUUAAUACCACACAAGCACCAACACUCACAACACAAGACAGACAACAGACACUUCCAGACAACCAUUUUUCAACACCAAGCUGUUCAUCCCCUUGUCAGCCUCAUCAGGUCCAAGCAGAAAGGGAUAUGCAAGACUUCUUUAAGCUGCAGAGUAAACUUGAAGAAAGGCAUAAACUGGCUGAAAAAAGAUUUCGACACAGAAAAGUACCAACCAGCAGGGGAAGAAUUAUAACAAUUGUACAUGAGGCCCAUGGGGGAAAAAGUGCCUCGUUUGUUUCGUCGGAGGAUGACAACAUACAGGUCAUAUAUGAUUUUGCAUGUAGUGCAUUUGCCGGGGAGAUUCUGCCGCCAAAAUUUCAACUGGCCAACAUUGAGGAUGGGGAAAUUUAUCCACAGAGAAGUCCCAUCACUACCUCAAAAUUGCCUGAAAUUUUGACAAUUGUAGAAGAGGAUUAUACAAUGAAUGAAACAGUCACCAACUACGACGAAGUUUUGUGGACCGUGAAUUAACUUUGCCAGUAGCCACUCGGAGAAACAAAGUAUUUUAAGUUGACACAUUUAAC